UGGCCUUUAGGAGAAAAAUAUAGCCAGGGCCCAAUCCUGCAUUCCAGGCAUUCUCCAAAAUCUUCUUGGCUGUUCUGCAAGCUUUGAGAGUGCACAGAAAGCAGAACUGGCCCGUAAUGUGCCUGAAUCUAUUUGGCUCUGAGAGUCCCCUCUUAAAAAGCCUCUGGUUACAUCGAGUGACAUUGUUCCUUGUCAAAAGAGAUGGGAAACAAGGCUGCUGGCUGUUUUCUGCUGAGGCUCUCACCUGAACUUUGGCUGCCUGGUAUAUGCUGUUGGGAUUCCUUAAGAGAUCAUCCAGGAAUGGUGGAUCACUUGCUGCCUACUGAUGAAUCCUUUUCAUCCACAAGAUCUUCUCUUGGAUACUUUGGGGACAUGACAGCAGGCGUGAGGUCCUACCAAAUGCUGCCCUCUCCCCUGUCAGAAGAUGACAGUGACUCGUCCAGCUUUUGUUCUUGUUCCAGCCCUGACUCCCAGGUCCUCAGCUCCAGCUAUGGAAGCACAUCCAGUGCAGAAAGUCAGGACAGUAUCUUAGACUAUUUAUUGUCCCAGGCCUCUUUGGGGAGCACCACUGCGUCAUGGUGGGACAAAAGGAGACUUCAGCCAAUAGUAAAAGAGGAGUACUUUAGGUUGCCUGAAUUUAACGUGGAUAUGGAAGACUCAGGACCAUUUCAGCCCACACUUGAGGAAAUUGAGGAAUUUUUGGAGGAGAACAUGGACUUGGAGCUCAAAGAAAGACCUAAAAGCGAGACCAAGGACUUGAGAGCUUGCAGCCAGGUCUCUGUUGCUUCGCUGCAGCAAAAAGACCAUAUGUUACCCAGUACUAGUUUAAAAGACAGUAAAAAUGAACAGUUGACCAGCUCAACGGAAGGUGGCCAAGCUUCAAAUGGAGGAAUGACCCUGGAGAAUGGAAUACCAGUUAUGCUCCAAAUUCAGCCUGUACAGAUCAAACAGGAGUCCAACACGAGCCCCAGUUCCCAAGGACCAGCACAGGAGAACAUUAAAAUUGCACAGCUCCUAGUCAACAUCCAAGGACAGACAUUUGCCCUUGUGCCUCAGAUAGUUCAGUCUUCUAAUUUGAACUUGUCCUCUAAGUUUGUCCGCAUUGCUCCCGUCCCCAUCGCCGCCAAGCCGAUUGGGCCAGGAGGCAUGAUCCAGGGGCAGACGGGAAUCAUCAUGGGUCAGAAAUUUCAAAAGAACCCUGCAGCCGAACUCAUUAAAAUGCAUAAAUGUUCUUUUCCUGGUUGCACCAAGAUGUACACGAAAAGCAGCCAUUUGAAAGCCCACCUGAGGAGGCACACAGGAGAAAAGCCCUUUGCAUGCACGUGGCCGGGUUGUGGAUGGAGGUUUUCCAGGUCAGAUGAGCUGUCCCGGCACAGGCGCUCCCACUCGGGGGUGAAACCCUACCAGUGUCCAGUCUGUGAGAAGAAGUUUGCUCGAAGUGACCACUUGUCCAAACAUGUCAAGGUGCACCGGUUCCCACGAAGCAACCGCUCCGUCCGCUCCAUGAACUGAUGGGUCCUGCUUUCCCCUUCCUGCCCAGCCAUCCUACAACAGCCGAUGACAGCACUUUGCUCACUAUAUUUCUAGUGAUAAUUUAUUUGUCUCCACAGAACAGUGAAUGCUGUUACUUAAUACCACCAUGUCUGAGUGCCCCACGUCCUUCAGAGGAUUUGAGAAUGAAGCUCUUUUUGGGUCAGGGGAGCGGGGUGCUUCUUCCUUCUUUUUUUUUUUUCUUUUGAGGAUAUUAUUUUCCUUUCCUUCUAUAUGUUUCUCCUUUGCUGCUGCUUCUUUUGGAAAUUACAGUGUUUUAUUUUUAGCUAUUUUUUGCUGCACAGGAAAAUGUAAAAGUUGCUUGCUGCUAGUUAAUUAUAGCCCUGGCAUUCCUGAGGGCUUUGCUCAUGUACAGGCCACUCAUUGUGAGUUUUUAUUAAGCUGCUCUAUUUGUCCAGUUUGGAAACAGCAAAUUCCUUUUGAAAUGAAAACAACUCUUUUGUUUUUGGGUCGCCUGAGCCAAGGAUUUGUAGGGGCUGGCCAUAGGAGGAAGAACAGUGGGAGUCGGGGAUAGGGGCAGACAAGGCUUGGAGAGCACUGGAAUGUGCCUCCAUUCAUCUCUGGAUUUUCCUGGCUCACAUUUACCUUUCCCUUGGCUAGGGCUAUAUAUAAAUAUUUAUGUAUACAUAUACAUAC